AUGCAGGGGCUCGAGGAGCGCAAGAAAGCGCUCGAGAAAAAGUUUGUCGAAAAACGGCCACCGCUGGCCUACGCCAAACUUAGCGGGCGCGUGCUGGACGAUCUGCCGUUCGAAAAGCUUGUAACGCAUCUUCCGGCAGAGCUCGGACGCGGUCCUAUCUCGUCGCUGCCUGACCAUCGGAUUGCGCUGGGGGAACAAAAGGCUAUUUCGCGUCUGCAUGCACGUAUCCAAUGGAAUCAGAGCGAAAGCUGCUUUGAGUUGCAGUGUCUGGGCAAGAACGGCAUGUUUGCGGAUGGUAAGUUCGUGUCCAAGAACCAGACGAUCAAGCUCAGUUCCAAGAUGCCCCUUAAAAUUGGUCAAGCACGGGUCUAUUUCUUAUGUGCCAUUCGGUCGACGAUCAGUACAAUGAGUGGGUUUAAAAUUAUCCAAAAAGCGUUUGAAAAGGCCAAAUAUCACAAGGGAGUGACGUCAAUGACAGCGGACCAAGUGUGUGACCAGAUUCUUGAAAGUUACAUCAAGAGUGAGCACGAACUCGGUGGAAAAGAACAUCUGCGUACAUUUGUCACAGCGUACUUGGAGGAAGACACGGGCGCGUUCGCGCGUAGUGAAGGAGGAUCAUCUUCAGUACCCGUCUAUAUAAUGAAGCCGGUGGCUACAAGUGAAUUGAAGAAACAGAGUGUGACAGUCAACGCAACCUCCAAGCCUGAAGAGACUAGUGAAGCUCCAGUGAAGAAGCAGAAGAUUGCUGCGUAA